UGCCUCUCGCCUCUAUGCUCCUCGGUCUUCAAAUCUCCACGCCUGUCCAUUUGUGUGAAAGAAACUGCCAGAGUAGAGGGGAGCCCCGGUGUCGGUGGCCCCAGGCUGAGCAGAAGGCAUGCGGUUUCCAGAAGGCUAAGUCGCACUCAAACGUUUCGCUCUCGCCCUGGGCGGUCCUCAGGGACCUGCUGCCACCUGCGAGCUUUCUCCGCAGGACGCGGGAGGGGAGGGAGGAGGCAGAGGCGGGGGCGGCGCCCAGGGGCCAGGGCCGGGGCCAGGGAGGCCGGGCUCCUCGCAGUGACAAUUUCUUUUCCUGCGGCGGCGGCGGCUGGGCAGGGAGAGCUGCUGCGGGUUCAGAGUCUGCCAGGCCGAGAGUGCUUCGAAAGGACGCGAUUGUCCCCAGGCUCUGGGGAGGCAGGCAAAGAAGAGGAGGAAGAAGAGGGGAGGCCGGGACGCCCAGAGAGUAGAGCGAGCAAAUCUCCUUUGGCCUGAGGAGGCGGACAGGGAGGAGGCUCGGCCGCGGCGAGCGAGUGGGCGCCUCCUAGCCUGCUCCACGGCCACCCGCUGCAGCGCCUUCCAGCAGAAGCCGCUGCGGCCGGACGGAUGCCAAAGCCAGCCGGCACGCGCGCGGGCAGCCGCCGCGGUCGCCGUCCCACGCGGGCCCCGGGCGCCGAGGGCUGCUGAUGAGGUGAUUGAGAAGAGACAGUGAACAACUUCCUUUGGUAGAAGGACAGCAUGGAGCAGCCAUUUACUGUGAACUCUCUGAAAAAGUUAGCUGCUAUGCCUGACCAUACAGAUGUCUCCGUGAGCCCAGAAGAGCGAGUCCGUGCCCUGAGCAAGCUGGGCUGCAAUAUUACCAUCAAUGAAGACAUCACACCUCGCCGCUACUUUAGGUCAGGAGUAGAAAUGGAGAGGAUGGCAUCUGUGUACUUGGAAGAAGGAAACUUGGAAAAUGCUUUUGUUUUGUACAAUAAAUUUAUAACCUUGUUUGUAGAAAAGCUUCCUAGCCACCGAGAUUACCAGCAAUGUGCAGUACCAGAAAAGCAGGACAUUAUGAAGAAACUGAAGGAGAUUGCAUUUCCAAGGACAGAUGAAUUGAAAAAGGACCUUUUAAAGAAAUAUAACAUAGAAUACCAAGAAUAUUUACAAAGCAAAAACAAAUAUAAAGCUGAAAUUCUCAAAAAACUGGAGCAUCAGAGACUGAUAGACGCAGAAAGGAAGCGGAUUGCUCAGAUGCGCCAGCAGCAGCUAGAAACGGAGCAGUUUCUAUUUUUCGAAGAUCAACUCAAGAAGCAAGAGUUAGCCCGAGGCCAGAUGCGAAGUCAGGAGACUCCAGCAUUAUCGGAGCAGACUGAUGGGAAGGCUCUCUCCUGCUUUUCCGCACACCAAAACAAUUCCUUGCUGAAUGUAUUUGCAGAUCAACCUAACAAAAGUGAAGCAACCAAUUAUGCUAGCCAUUCACCUCCUGUAAACAGGGCCUUAAAGCCAGCUGCUACUCUAAGUGCUGUGCAGAAUUUGGUGGUUGAAGGAUUGAGAUGUGUGGUUUUACCAAGAGAUCUUUGCCACAGAUUCUUGCUGCUGGCCGAAUCCAACACAGUAAGAGGAAUAGAAACUUGUGGAAUACUCUGUGGGAAACUGACACAUAAUGAAUUUACUAUUACCCACGUGAUCGUGCCAAAGCAGUCUGCAGGACCAGACUAUUGUGACGUGGAGAACGUAGAGGAAUUAUUCAGUGUUCAGGAUCAACACGGUCUCCUCUCUUUGGGAUGGAUCCAUACACAUCCCACCCAAACGGCGUUCCUGUCCAGCGUGGAUCUCCACACACACUGUUCCUAUCAGCUCAUGUUGCCGGAAGCUGUUGCCAUUGUUUGUUCCCCAAAGCAUAAAGACACUGGCAUCUUCAGGCUCACUAAUGCUGGCAUGCUCGAGGUUUCCGCUUGUAAAAAUAAGGGCUUCCAUCCUCACACCAAGGACCCCCGGCUGUUCAGUAUAUGCAAACACGUGUUGGUAAAAGACAUGAAGAUAACUGUGCUGGAUCUGAGGUGAUACGCUCUGAAUAGAGGCACUGCCAUCACCAGUCACCUGCCUAUGAACAUGUGGUUGCCAGAUAUCCUUAAGAUGUUUCCAGAAGUGACUGAUAUUUUAUAUUUAUACCUUUUAGGUCAGAAAGUUUGAUAUUUAUUGCUUUUGCACAUUUUGAAGUUUUCUUUUUCAGUUGCUUUGUCUCAAGAGAGGUCACCUGGUGUUAAAUCAAGGCCUACUAAUGUAUCUAAAUACUAUCACCAGAUAAUAAAUUAUGUUGCAGACAAGAGUA